CAGGUUAUGUCGAUAUAGGACUCGUUUUACUGUGGAUAUAGAUACUUUUGUACCUGUUUCCUCAAGCCUCUUCACAAGGUCCUUUGCUGUUCUUCUGGGAUUGAUUUGCACUUUUCGCACACCAAAGUACGUUCAUCUCUAGGGUAUGUAAACUUCUGACCCACUGGAAUUGUGAUACAGUGAAUUAUUAGUGAAAUAAUCUGUCUGUAACAAUUGCUGUGAAAAUUACUUUUGUCAUGCACAAAGUAGAUGUCCUAACCCACUUGCCAAAACUAUAGUUUGUUGACAAGAAAUGUCUGGAGGGGUUGAAAAACAAGUUUUAAUGGCUCCAACCUAAGUGUAUGUACACUUCCGACUUCAACUCUAUGUAUGAGAGUGUACAGUACAAAAGAAGUACGCAAGAUUUUUUGUGUUUUGUUGAAUCGUUACAUUAAAAGUAAAUGAACGUUCAGGAAAGGGGUGGAACUUGAGUUUGUGAUGGAUGCACUGAAGUGAUGCUGCAUAUUUAACACUAAGUUAACAGCCGAACAGUUCAGUUAUCUGUUGCCAAUGCUAUCAUGUUUGCUAUAGUGAGCUCUAAUAAGUCAAUUGUUUUUGAUAUCCCCGAAUGAGAAUGCCUACCUAUUUACACAAACUAUCUUUGCCAAAAUUAUAACUUUAAUUGAGAAACACUUUGUUUUGGGUUGUAAUAUUAUUGCUAUUAUUAUGUUAUGUUGAUGCUAUAUGUGGUUGUCAUGAUCGUCAUUGUUGUUCUUUGUUGGUUUUAAUAAAAUCUAUUGAUAUGCUCCAUAUUUUCAACAUCACUUUGGUCACCUCACCAAUAGAGUAUCAUUAGUCAUCAUGUCAGUAGCCUAACCUAAAAUAUUGUAGGCCUAUUACUUCUAAAACAAAUAUAGAUAGAGCAUGUUAUUCAGCUUUGUACACAAUGUACAGUUUCUGACAAUGACCUCUUCACUGGACUGAUUAAGAUGUACUGUAGUCUUUCCUAUAGACUCCUGGGGAACUACAUCCAUGAUGCAUUUCUUGCUAUCCUUUUAGUCAUCACUUUUGCAUGAUCUGUUAUUACUGUUACUUAUGUGUUUAAUACUUUAAGGGCCAAUUUACCCGAUUCCUAAUCCUGGACUAAAAAGAAUGCUCAAUGGACAAUCUCUCCAUUGAAAUAAUGUUUUUGUCCAUCACUACUAGGCUUAAUCAGUGACAGGUAAAACCAUUUUUUUAGAUUACCAGUAUAUUUUGUUGUUUUGGAUAGUCACCUUGUUGUAGCCUACAAUUGCAGAUUUUGCCUCAACUAUUUAUUUCUAGGUUCAGUCCUGUUGGUAAUUUGCAAUAAUUGAAAUCGGUUCAGUUUACACAGUAAGGCACUAAACCUAUUGAGCUAUUUAUUUGUUACAUUAGUCGUACUAUGUACAUUUUGAUAGGGAAUCAUAGCCCUAUUACUCCAAUUUCAACCAAGUGUUGCAAUUUUAGAUUAUUGCAGCAGUCUACUAAUCAAUGUAUUGGUUAGAAGAUCGCUGCAAUAAUCUUAAACAGCAGCGCUUGGUUGAAAUUGGAGUGGUAUGCAUUUAUAACCUCGGCGAAUUAUGAUUAGAGCAAUAAGAAAUAACCAUUUGUUCAAUAGCAGAUACAUUAUUUUCAAAUCAAGGAAAUAUAUUUAAUACAUGUUUUUCUUAUUUAAAGUAAAAAGUAGCCUAUAGCCUAUGGGGGACUGACAUGACCCUUUAGACAAGCGCCCCUACGCCUUCCGUUGGCUUGAGCGACCAUACCGACGUCAGUGACUGACUGUAUGCUACCGUGAAGAUGGCGGAGGCAGCAGCGGCACAACAACACCGCUUUUUCUGUCACUGCUGUAAAGGUGAAAUCGACCCUAAAUUCCCAGAAUUCACGUGCCCCAGGUGUGAGUCCGAUUUCAUUGAGGAGUUGACAGAAGACUCCAGUAUCUUGGAGAACAGCCGCGCUGCAGAGGCCAAUGAUGAUGCAGGCACACUCUUUUCAGAGCUGUGGCAGCUGCUGUUUAUGGAACGCUCUGCCCUUCUCUCGGACCCCUCCGCCUAUGAGUCUGACCAGAGCCACCUACAGGCUGCCGCAGCCAGUGAUGCAGUGGAGGAAGAACUGGAGGGCCCUUCUGUGGACCCUGCGGGAGGCACAGAGCCUUUGGAGCCUGAACCGGAACGCCCCUCUCGCCCGCCUAGCCAGGGGAGGCGACCGUCCCGCGCGCCAGCAGUGGAGGGUAUUGUGCAGCAGUUUUUGGCUGGUCUGUUUGCCAACAAUGGAAAUCCAGGCGUUGCACCAGCUGCACUGUAUGGCAUGUUCCAUUCAAAUCCAGGGGACUAUGCCUGGGGUCAGGGAGGUCUAGACGCAGUUAUCACAGAGUUGUUAGGUCAGUUUGAGUGCACAGGUCCGCCUCCUGCAGAGAAGGAGAUGAUCUCAUCCCUCCCCACAGUCAACAUCUCUCAAGAACAGACAGACAGCAGACUGGAGUGUCCAGUAUGUAGGGAGGAGUACUCCGUGGGAGAGUCUGUCAAACAGCUGCCCUGCCUCCAUUAUUUCCACAGUGACUGCAUAGUGCCAUGGCUCAAACUGCACGAUACCUGUCCUGUGUGUCGUAAAAGCCUUGACGGCGUCGACCAGAGCAUCCAGCCCCCACCAGAACCCCCAGAGCCCCCCUCCAUCAGGACAGACACUCAGGAGGAGAGACGGGCUAUUUGAGGUUUAGGUCUCCCUCUCUUCUACCUCUCUGGCAUCUCUUCUUCCCUUUUUUUCUCCUGAACGAGGCUCACCUCUCCUCAUGCCUCAUCAUCCAUCGCUCCUUCUUUGACCACGCAUUUAUUGAAGAGACAGAUUUCAAUUCAACUGUGCCUCAUUGUCAAAAUUAUACUUGCUUCGAAAAAUCACCUCACAAUGCUUUCACCCACAGAUCACUAUACAUUUCCUGGGGAACUUUGAUUGAGGUGAGAAAGAAUCACUAUGCCUGCAAUAUAACCUCACCUGCAAAUGGUUCCAACUGUUUUCUGACAAAAUGUUAUGGAUUCAAUUUGUCGCUUUGUAGAGGCAUUUCCCCUGUUCUGAUUGGCUUUCAUGUUUUAUUAAAACCAAAUGAACUGACAUCCUUGAGCCAAAAGGACGUGACAAAUGUGAUGAAAUUAGGAGAGUUUUGGAAAAUCCUGAAAGGUGAGCUGAACUCACUCUCUUGCAUUGUUGAUCUGGGUAAGAGAAUUUCCCUACUCUGUUCUCUCUAUCUCUUUGGUUGCAUCGCAAUAAUCUCUGCUUUCUCCUGAAGGGUGCACUUGUUCACAUCAUGGAUUUGAAAGGAAAUUACUGGUAUAUGGAAACUCCUAGGCCAUGCCUAUACCAAUCCAAAGCUUUUAAAUUUGUGGAGAGUAGUGAACGAAUGCAAACUUCGGGAGGAAGGAGAGGUUAUUGGGAAUGCAACCACAGGGAGAAUCUCAAUUGCAUACUUGCGUCCUCUCUACUUCUCAAAAUCCAUUGGAGGAGAGGAUCAGAGGGGCGGGACCUCUGGCUUUCUCUUCCAAUGGGUUUUGAGAAGGAGGCGAGGAGCAUGCAAUUGAAACUCUCCCGUCUCCCACUUCCUCUUAUUCGUUAAUAAUGUCCACCUCUCUUUAUGUCCCCUAUUAAAUCCUAAUGCUGUGUUCUUCACACUAUCCACCUCCUUCCUGUAUAACAUUAUGCGCUUUCCUAAUGCAUUAGUCUUUUACCUCUUUCUAUCAUUUUAUUUUGAAUAAUAAGUACAAGUCACAGCAAAAAACAAACAUGUUUUUAAUAUUGAAUAUAUUAUGAUUCGCCUAUAUAUAUGUAUUGGUAUGUAUAUAUGUAUAGGUGUGUAUAUACAUGUAAAUGUUUGUUAACGAAUACAUCUGCUUGGCAAUGAGGUGAUAAGAUUGAAGAUAAUAAUAAAAAAUUGUCAAAUUCAUAAAGCAGGAGUGAAAAUCAGUGUCAUUGAAUGACAAAAUGUCCAAUUGAGCACCUUGUCACAUAUUAUGUCCCAAAUGGCACCCUAUUCCCUUCAACAGUGCACUACGUUUGACCAAGAUCCAUAUAAGGAAUAGGAUGCCAUUUGAGACACACACCCAGAAUCUCAAGUAGAUCAUUGGAAAAAACCCUGCAUCCUUGGCCAUUUGAUAUUCUGCCAACUUUCUGCUCAUGUUCUCAUUUAAAGACAUAUUGUACAUUCAAUAGAUAGACAGGUUAGAUUUGCCUAAUACUCAUAAGGUCUAUCUACCAUUCCCGCCUAUUUUAAGACAAUGACCAAUUUAUGCAAGAGUUUGCAUGAUAUAACUAAAUUGACAAAUUCAAUUGGAGUUACAAACGUUUCCUGAAUUUUAAACAAAGGCGAUUGUAUUAUAAUUCUAAAGACAGAUUUACAUCCCGUCUGUCAAUUUUAUUCCCACAGGAGUCUAGAUCCUUAACAUAGCCACGAUCACACACAAACACAUUCGUUUUCUCGUGUAAGGUUGUCCAUUAUGCAUAAUAAUAGGCUAUUACACAGAGAGCAUGAAAGUUGAAUCUCUUCUGCCAGUUCAUGUAGUGCAAUGCUACGCCGUUGUUGCAGCAGUUCUUCAUUUCACUUCCAGUAUCAAAAGACAACAAUAAGCCAAUAAUAGGGCAUUUUGUGUAACACCUACUGAAGAAAGUGUCCAGUAGCCUACCAUAGGACAUCUGCCUCCUCCCCCCGGGUUCCCACUAGAUAACACGGGCACAAAGUCAAAAUUGUCUGUAUUGUAAAAAAUCAUGAAAAAAAACAAUUAUAUUUUUGGUAUACAUUUAAGGUUAGGGUUAGAAGUGUGGUUAAGGUUAGGUUUAAAUUCAGAUUUUAAGAAUAUCAAUUGUAGAAAUGUAUAUUUAUAGGUGGAGUUUAUGACUGUGGCUGUCUUAACUAGUGAUUACCCCUUCUCUC